CCGCCCAUGGCGCCGCUUCCCUUCCCCGCGCUCGCCCCGCCCGACACCGCCCGCCCCGGGCGGGGCGAGCGCGCACGCACGGCCGGCCCCGCCCGCCCGCGGAUCCGGGACCGGGCACCGCGGGCAUGGCGGCCGCGCCGGGAGAGGAGCCGGGCGAACCCGGCCCCGAGGAGUUCGUGUACAGCGAGGAGGACUUCGUGCUGCAGGCGGCCGGCUGGGACGACCCGGACUCCGCGCCCUCCCGGUUCGACCGGGUGCUGCUGGCGGGCUGGAACGACCGUAUGGAGCGGGGACUGUUCCGGUACCGGCUGGGGCCGCUGCCCACCCGCGUCCUGCCCGGCGCCGUGCGGCUCGUGGCGCAGCUGAACGAGCAGCGCAGCGCGGAGCGCCGCCCGCCGCAGCCCGUCCGCAGCCUGCGCGACCCCUUCGACCCCGGCGCCUUCAACUUCACGCGGCUGCGGCCCGCCGAGCUGCUGCUCCGCCUGCGCCGCACCGGCGGCCCGGGGCCGCCGCCGGAGCCGCUGCUGGUGGCCAUCAACGCCAGCCCGCUGGAGCGGGGCCACGUGCUGCUGCUGCCCGAGCCGGCGCGGCGGCUGCCGCAGCUGCUGACGGCCGCGGCGCUGCGCGGGGCGCUGGAGGCGGCGCUGCUCAGCGCCCACCCCGGCUUCCGCGUGGGCUUCAACGGGCUGGGCGGCGGCGCCUCGGUGAACCACCUGCACCUGCACGGGCUCUACCUGGGCCGCCCGCUGCCGCUGGAGGAGGCGCCGGCCGAGCCGCUGGGGCCGCGCCUGGCGCUGCUCCGCGCCGGCCCGGCCCCCGCCUUCCUGUUCUUCGCGCCCGGCCCCGCGGCGCUGGAGCCGGUGUCGCGGGCCGUGUGCCGGGCGGCGGAGCACCUGGGCGCCGCCGGGCUGGCCUGCAACGUGCUGGCGGCGCGGGGCGCCCCGCCGGCGGGGCCCGGCGCCGGCCGCGGGCUGCGCGUGCUGCUGUGGGCGCGCCGGCCGCUCUUCGGCCCCAAGGCGGGGCAGCCCUUCGCCGUGGCCCUGUGCGAGCUGGCGGGGCUGCUGCCGCUGCCCGCCGAGCCGCUCUACCGGGACAUCACCGAGGCGCAGGCCCUGAGCGCCAUCCGCCAGCACCUGCUGCCCGAGCCCGAGCUGCUGCACCUGGGCGGGGAGCUGGCGCGGCUGCUGGAGCACUGAGCCGGCGGCACGGAGAGCUGAGCCGGUGGCAUGGACAGCGGCCAGAGUGCUCAGCCGGUGGUGCAGAGAGCUGAACCAGGGGCACGGACAGUGGCAGGAGCGCUCAGCCGGUGGCACAGAGAGCUGAACCGGUGGCACGGAGCGCUCAGCCGGUGGCACGGACAGCGGCCGGAGGCUCAGCCGGUGGCACGGACAGCGGCCGGAGCGCUCAGCCGGUGGCACAGAGAGCUGAACCGGCGGCACGGAGCGCUCAGCCGGUGGCACAGAGAGCUGAACCGGUGGCACGGAGCGCUCAGCCGGUGGCACGGACAGCGGCCGGAGGCUCAGCCGGUGGCACAGAGAGCUGAACCGGUGGCACGGAGCGCUCAGCCGGUGGCACGGACAGCGGCCGGGCCGCUGCAGCGCUGACGGCCCCAGGCCGACAGGGGGCGCUGCGGGUGGAGGACACGGCCGCGGCAGUCACGUGGCCGCGCGGGCCGCUCCGCCCGCGUGCCCGCGGCUCCAUGGUGCGGUCGCCAUGGGAACGCGGCGCAGCGGGGAGCGGUGCGAUGGCGGCGGCGGGCGGCGCCGACGGGGGCGGCAUGGGCCCGGGCCCGUCGCCGGGAUCCCCUCCGGGCGAGGAGGCGGCCAUCGCCGCCUCCCCCCCGGACCGUCCCGCUGCCCCCGCCGGGCCCGAGCCGCGGAGGAAGCGCAGGCGAGUGCGGGGCCGCGGCCCCCGGCAGGGUGCGGCCGCAGCCCGGCCAGCCGCUCCCCCGGCGCCUCCGUGCCUCACUCGCGCUCGGGCCCGGCCCGGCCCAGCCCCGGCCCCGCUGCUCCCCGCGGCACAGUGCCCAGCCGGUGCCCGGCGCUCCCCGGUCCCGCUGGCCCAAAAUAAACGGUGCUCCCUGAACUGCCCAAAGGUCCCCUGUGUGACACACCCGGGCACGGCUCCGUGCCCAGA